AUGCAAGUGAGGCGAAAACGGGUACGCACACGAAAGAGUGCUCACCACCGGCAGAGUGUUGCAGCUGGGCCGAGAAGGGUUUUCGGUGGUGCUGCAGUCGAAAGAGAGGGUAACGAUGCGAAUAAUGCAAAAGAAACUGAGCUGGCGCUUAAAGUCGCCGUACCGAUCCUAAAUGCAGGACAGAACGCAGUGGAUGCAGGCUACUCAAGCGUAGAGAAGUCAAAGUCCAUGGCUUUUGUAAACGAGUUCAAGAGUGCAGCACGACGGGGGAAGAGCGGAGAACGCGCUAAAAGCAGUUCACGUAAGGAGAACUGGGCGUGGGAAAAUUUCAAGUAUUUUCCCACGCUCUCACUAAGCGACAACCAACUUGCCAGCAAAGCCAUGCUAGAACACUCGCCCACCUCAAACUAUCCUACCGAACAUAUCUUUCUUGGCUACGAUGAAACGCCCCAUAGUUAUUACGCUUUGGAAUGGACAAUAACAAACCUUCUCAAACCCAACGACCAGCUAACAGUGUUCAACGCGCGCAACAAAGCCGAAACACCACCACCAGAAGAUACUCAGCUCGUUGGCGAAUACAGUCCACCGGUCAUCCAAAUUGAUCCGACAUCUCAAAAUGUCACAUAUGAGGAAGAAGUAAUUUAUGAUUUGUCCUGGCGGGAUCGGUCCGAAGCCAAAGAGCGAAUUACAAGGGUAGUGGAGAGCUUGGCUAGAGAGAAAGGAAAGAACAUGAACGGAGGGUUGGUCGUUGCUGUUGAUAUUGGGGACGCGAAAUCACAUAUUGUCAAACUGGCAAGGAAUCUGUGUGCUACACUUAUUGUUGUAGGAGCUAGGCCACGGGCGGCACUUGCCAGGUCCGUUUCUGUCACCGUCUGCAUUUUACCUUGGUUUCUAAAGGACACUGAAUGCGCGGCCCGUAGCCUGAUGCACACUUCAACGAGCGCGUAUAUUGCCAAGUAUGCCGGCAUUCCAUCACUUGUCGUUCGUACACCGCCUGAGGAAAUUGAUCAGGCCAGGAAGAACCUGGAGAUAAAGAUGGCAGAAUGUGGAUGUACUGGAUGAUUCGAGUCAUUCGUACAGAGUCUGGAAGAUAAGCAGUACUGUGUUAACUGGCUUGUCUUGAGCAGGCAAUGUAUGCUGCAAUUUACUAGUCAAUAUUCACACGAAGGCAGGAUAAUGAUACUAGUAAGC